CCUAACCUGGUUUCCCCAUCAGCAGUAGAUCUCCCCCUCUCUCCGAUUUGAUGCGCAGCCCUAUCCCACGCACACUCAUGGUUCCCUGAACCAGGGGAUGAGAAAGAACGAAAAUGGAAAGGAAAGGGGGAAAGGGGAAGGAGGUCGAUGCCCAAUCCGCGUCGCCAUCGUCGUCCAUCCAUGGAACCAGGAGUCGCGCUUCUGUCACCGAAAGGAGGAGGGAGAAGGCGUGAUGCUAGAGGAGCGCGGCCCACUGCGCCGCCGUGGGUCCCUCACCGUCGAGUUCGAAGGAGCAGGGGAUAACGACGCUGGGUUUGAGGGAGGCAGAGGUGGUGUGGUGCGAGGUGGGAGGGGAGCUGCUCGCGUUGCCGUUCGCGCCGCCGUUGCUGAGCCAUAGCGCCGCCGCCGCCGGGUCUCUCACUGCUGUGUGUCGCCGUCCAAGGCAGAGGGAGAGUCGCGAUGGAGUUCCGCUUCUGUUUCUCCUGUCGCGCAAGAGGGAGGCGCGCCGUGAGGGAGAGCCGUCAUGUUUCUGCCAUCGCCGGUUCACACGCUGCCGCUGUGCUCCUUGCCGCAGCGCUGCCGCUGGAAGAGGAGGGCUCGCCAGUUCUGCCUCUCACUGCCGCCUCCGUCGGAACUGCCGCCAUCGCCGCCGGAGCUCCAGGUUGAGUUUCUGCCACGAGACCCUGCUGCCGUCGCCGGGAAAGUAUGCCGUCACCGUUGCCGGAGUCGGGUCGCCACAGCCGCUGGAGGUGGCUGUUGGGGCUACCACCCAACCAGUUCAGAGGCCGUUGUUGUUCGGUUCCGCCGUUCUUUCUUAGUUUCAGAGCUAGAAUCCGGUUUGCUUGUGCCGUUUGGGGAUGUUUCUGCUUUUGAGAGAGCGGGCAGAGCUGAGAUUUUGAUUGUCGGUGAUUUCGGGUCAAGAUAAAAGGAGUUGGUUAACGAGUUGGGUUGUGGUUCCAAUGUUGUGAGGAUGUGGGCGCAGAAGUCACGAAGAGUUUAUUUAUUUGUUAUUGAGAUGCUCUGUAUUGCUUUAGAUUAUUAUUUUGUACCCUCGCCUUUAUCUUGAUAUAUUAUAUAAGAGGGAUA